AUGAUGUACAACACCCUCGCAACCGCGGCUCUGCUGCUCCUCUCCUCCACCUCCGGCUCCGCGUCUCCCCUCGCCCGCCGCCAAGAGGCCGCCGCCGCCACCUCGACCUCCGUCCCGGCCUCCCUCCCCACCCCGCAGGAGCCCUACUCCUGGUCCAAGGGCUGGCAAAAGACCUUCCCCAUCCACCAGUCCUGCAACGCCACCCUCCGCGCCCAGCUCGAGGUCGGCCUCGCCGAGACCCAGCAGCUCGCCGCCCACGCCCGCGACCACCUCCUCCGCUUCGGCGCCGCCUCCGAGCACGUCCGCAAGUACUUCGGCAACGCCUCCACCGCCGCCGCCGUCGGCUGGUACGAGCGCGUCGCCUCCGCCGACAAGUCCGCCAUGACCUUCCGCUGCGACGACCCGGACCGCAACUGCGCCACCCAGGCCGGCUGGGCGGGUCACUGGCGCGGCGACAACGCCACCCAGGAGACCGUCAUCUGCCCCCUCUCCUUCGAGAUCCGCCGCCCCCUCUCCUCCGUCUGCGGCCUCGGCUACACCGUCGCCAACUCCAAGCUCAACACCUUCUGGGCCACCGACCUCCUCCACCGCGCCUUCCACGUCCCCGCCGUCUCCCUCGGACAGGUCGAGCACUACGCCGAGGACUACGCCUCCGUCCUCGACCUCGCCAGGAACAACGCCACCUACUCCGUCGUCGACAGCGACGCCCUCCAGUACUUCGCCAUCGACGUCUGGGCCUACGACGUCGCCGCCCCCGGCGUCGGAUGCUCCGGCGAGCUCGAGGAGGAGAAGGAGGACACUCCCGCCGCCACCACCACUCCUCCCACCCCUGCUGCCACCACCUCUUCCGCUCCUCAGGAGUGCCACACCCACGACGACGGCGUCAUCCACUGCGUCUAA